CAGGCGCAGAAAGGACGCUCCUUUCUGAAGAGCCGACAAGAUGGCGGAAGUGGAGCAGAAGAAGAAGCGGACCUUUCGCAAGUUCACCUACCGCGGCGUGGACCUCGAUCAGCUGCUGGACAUGUCUUAUGAGCAGCUGAUGCAGCUGUAUAGCGCGCGGCAGCGGCGGCGGCUGAACCGCGGCCUUCGGAGGAAGCAGCACUCGCUGCUGAAGCGGCUGCGCAAGGCCAAGAAGGAGGCGCCGCCCAUGGAGAAGCCCGAGGUGGUGAAGACGCACCUGCGCGACAUGAUCAUCCUGCCCGAGAUGGUGGGCAGCAUGGUGGGCGUCUACAAUGGCAAGACUUUCAAUCAGGUGGAAAUCAAGCCUGAGAUGAUCGGCCACUACCUAGGCGAGUUCUCCAUCACCUACAAGCCUGUGAAGCACGGCCGGCCCGGUAUUGGGGCCACCCACUCCUCCCGCUUCAUCCCCCUCAAGUAGCCUGCUGGCCAAUAAAGGUAGAGACUUGUGUA